AUGGGGUUCAAAGCUCUCUGUUUGGGGCUGCUUUUUGGUUUUUUUGUUUCUUAUAUUCGUACACCCAUACCAGACAAUGUUGAAGAAAGUUGGAAAAUAAUGGCCUUGGAUAUAACUGCUAAAAUUUUAUCACUGAUGGCCAUGUGUUUUGAAAAGAUGGGGAUUAUAAAAUAUGAAGAGUUUAUUUCCAUAAUAAUCAGCCUGGAUUAUACCCAGCCACAUUCAGAUGAAUACCUCACAGUGACUGAUACAGCAUUUAUUGACAUUCCAGUACGUUUGUACUUGCCAAAGAGAAAAUCAGAAAUCCCAAGACGAGCCAUAAUCUAUGUUCAUGGUGGUGCUUUUUGUUUUGGGAGUUUCAGUAACUAUAGACUAGCUCCUCAACACAAGUUUCCUGUUCCGUUUGAAGAUGUCCUUACUGCAGCCAAGUUUUUUCUUCAGGAUAAAAUUCUUACAAAAUAUGGAGUGGAUCCCACCCGAAUCUGUAUUUCAGGAGACAGUGCUGGGAGUGCUUUGGCAGCAGCAGUGACUCAACAGAUACAGAAUGAUCCUGAAAUAAAACAUAAAUUCAAGACACAAGCUUUAAUUUACCCAGUCUUACAGCUAAUUGAUUCCUCUCUACCAUCUUACCGAGAAAAUGAGCAUGGUAUAGUUCUGACAAGGGACAUAGCCAUAAAACUUGCGAGUUCAUAUUUAUCCGAGGAUGAAGCAUUUCCCCAGGCCAUAAAAAGAAACCGAUACAUGCCUCUGGAGUCAAAACAUCUGUUUAAGUUUGUUAACUGGAGUAUUCUUCUUCCUGAGAAAUAUAGAAAGGACCAUGUUUAUACUGAACCAAUUCUUGGAAGACCUGGUUAUUCAUUGCCAGCACUUAUGGAUGACAGAGCAUCACCCUUGUUGGCCAGUGAUUCCCAGUUACAGAAUUUGCCACUCACUUAUAUUCUUACCUGUGAAUAUGAUGUCUUAAGAGAUGAUGGACUUAUGUUUGUUUCGAGACUUCAAAAUGUUGGAGUUCAAGUUACCCAUGACCAUAUUGAGAAUGGAAUUCAUGGAGCUUUAGCAUUCAUGAUGCCACCACUUUAUUUACGUCUAGGUUUUAGGAUAAGAGAUAUGUAUAUUAGUUGGCUGGAUAAGAAUUUAUAAAUAUUUAAUGUAUAUGUAUGGCCCCUUACUUAGUGAGUUGUAAUUUGUGGUAUUUUGUAGCUCUUGUGCAAAGAACAAUGUCAUUUGUGCUGUCUAAAUCUAGAUUUGAAUCAGUUGUGAGAGUUACUGUGUGUC